AUGAGUUGGAAGGGUACCUGGCGACACAUGCUCCGCUCCAGCGUUUUGACACGGCCCAGCCAGCGCGGCAUCGUGUACAUCAGCUCUUCAUCAGACACCCACAUGGGAACUGUGACUGACAGAGACGCAGUACUGUUACUGGGAGUGGACGUGGAUCCAUCACAGAGGUGUGUGAAUCAACCAAGGAUGGGAAGAAAGAAAAAAAAGUGUGAAAAAAAGAGCCUGGACCAUCUCCACCGGAUGGGUCCAUUGCGCGAAGUACCUGCUCCAAUUUGUUCCAAGCGCAGCUGUACAUUGCGCCAACGGACACUUCUCGAACAUGACCAACGCCAACCAGUGACUGAGCCCACCAGCUCCCUUCGACUGGCUGAGAAGGACGGAUGCUGGCCCGAGCUGGUUCAUUGUUGCAACUUUUGCAAGGCAUGGCGUUGCCUGCCGUGGCAUGGGUCGAGUUCCUUGGUGGCCGCCUGA